UACGAAACGGAAGUAAGAGGCCACUUCCGGCCCGGGAAGCAGCGGAGAAGAUGCUGUGGCGUGCUGUGUGGAGAGCGGCGACCCGGGUCCCCGGCCCCUCCCCUCCGCGUCGGGGACUGCGCCUGCGUGGAAUAGACCGGUCACCUCACCCCUCCGGCUUCCCAGAUGCGGCCCCUCCCACGGAGGAGAGGGUGCUUCGGCCUCUCUACAUGGAUGUGCAAGCCACUACUCCCCUGGAUCCUCGAGUGUUGGAUGCCAUGCUCCCCUAUUUGAUCAACUACUAUGGGAACCCACACUCCCGGACUCAUUCAUAUGGCUGGGAAAGUGAGGCCGCGGUGGAGCAUGCACGCCAGCAAGUGGCAUCAUUGAUUGGAUCUGACCCCCGUGAGAUUAUCUUCACUAGUGGAGCCACCGAAUCCAACAAUUUAGCAAUUAAGGGGGUGGCCAGAUUCUACAAGUUACGGAAAAAGCACGUGAUCACCACACAAACAGAGCAUAAAUGUGUGCUGGACUCAUGUCGUUCUCUGGAAGCGGAGGGCUUUCAGGUCACUUAUCUCCCAGUGCAGAAGAGCGGAAUCAUUGAUCUGAAGGACCUGGAGGCAGCAAUCCGGCCAGAUACAAGCCUUGUCUCUAUCAUGACUGUGAACAAUGAGAUUGGAGUGAGGCAACCUAUUGAAGACAUUGGACGGAUUUGCAGUUCCCGAAAAGUGUAUUUCCAUACGGAUGCAGCCCAGGCAGUUGGAAAAAUCCCACUCAAUGUGAAUGAUAUGAAAAUUGAUCUCAUGAGCAUCAGUGGUCAUAAGCUUUAUGGCCCAAAAGGAGUCGGUGCGAUCUAUAUCCGCCGCCGGCCCCGAGUGCGCGUGGAGGCGAUGCAGAGCGGCGGAGGCCAGGAGAGGGGCAUGCGCUCUGGGACGGUGCCCACCCCCCUGGUGGUCGGUCUGGGGGCUGCCUGUGAGCUGUCGCAGGAAGAGAUGGAGAAUGACCAUAAGAGAAUCUCCCUGCUAGCAGAAAGGUUGGUAAACAAGAUAAUGAGCAACCUUCCUGAUGUGGUGAUGAAUGGGGACCCAGAGCAACGUUAUCCAGGCUGCAUCAACUUGUCCUUUGCCUAUGUAGAAGGGGAGAGUCUGCUGAUGGCACUCAAGGACGUGGCUUUGUCUUCAGGCAGCGCCUGUACCUCUGCAUCCCUGGAACCAUCCUAUGUGCUUAGAGCCAUUGGCACAGAUGAAGACCUGGCCCACUCCUCUAUCAGAUUUGGCAUUGGUCGUUUUACCACAGAGGAAGAGGUGGACUACACAGCUGAAAAGUGCAUAUAUCAUGUUAAAAGGCUUCGGGAAAUGAGCCCACUGUGGGAAAUGGUACAAGAUGGAAUUGACCUGAAAACCAUCAAGUGGACACAGCACUAGACUGGGCAUCUGACUAUAUUUUCCCUCCUUCUUCCCACCUCAUUGGCCUAAGAACCACCAGGCAGCUGGGUCUCUUCUGUUACAAAACCACCACAGACCAAGUGAAGAUUCUACCUUUCCUGCUACAUUCACCACAAUCUAGUGUACCUCAAUAUCACACUGUUUCUAGGACAUGGACAAAACAGAGCUCUCUGCUCCUGGGUUCAGCUCCUUCAUACUGUCCAGAAAGCCUCUUUUUCCUCAGGACUUCAGAAGGUGGGCCUCCACAUCCUAAACCAGGGUGGGGGAACCUGCAGCCUUGAGGCCCCAUAUGGCCACCCAGGUACUCAGUGCAACCCUUUGACUGAGUCUAAACUUCACAGAAAAAAUCCAACUUGGACUCAGUCAAAAGGCCGCACUUGAGGACCUAGGGGGCCACAUGGGGCCUCAAGGCCACAGGUUCCCCACCCCUGUCCUAAACUAACAAGAACACUUGGACAGGAGUAAUAAUGCUGCUACUCUCUGUGUCGGGAUAGACCUGGAGAAGGGAAGGAAGAGCUCCUAUCUCCAUGACCCUUGUGAUCUGCACUGAGUUACACCAUAUUUAUGUCAGUCCUGCUGCUUACUUGUUCUGGCUUCUUCACAAGCUGAUGUGGUCAAGUUAAAUUUCUGUGUGUGGCAACCAAAGGCAACCCCCCUGUGUUGGCUGUAGACUUGGUUUCUUCACCCGGUAUGCCUGUUCCUGCCUUUUUUCCUUUGUUCUUUACACAUAGCUGUAAAUAUAUCUAUUACCCAGUAUUAUUCUAAUUUGUGUAGCCUUUUAUGAAACCUGUUAACUUGAAAAUUAAAGAAAUUAAACCCUC